UGCAACGAAAAUGCAUAGUAGACAGCUGCAUGUCCUUUAGGGGUUGCGGUGAGUCCUUUAUCUGAACGAACUAACGCACGAGCAUAAGUAUGUGCGUAUGUCGAUAUAGAUGCCACUGGGUAAAGUAAUAUGAAGCCGGCACUCAAGGAAAGUAAUAUUAAAUUUAUCAUUUACUCAAUAAAUAGAAAAAAUAUUAUUUUAUAUUGCCAAUUGAUUGAGCAAUGCAAAUACAAUUGUAUAAUCUAGCAGCUCAUCAACAAACGCAAAGAUGGUGUCCUUGACAGUGGUUUCCAGGUAGCGUUCAGCCUAGCUACGUAUAUAUACAAACAUACAUCGUUCGACUGCUUAAUAUACAUAAAUAUGUACUUGUUAAAUAUAUACAUCAAAACACCUAGCUACCUUAGCGUAGAGACCAAGCAAGCAACCUGAGCAACAGCAUAAACAAGCCAUAAUUUCCCAACCCACUUUUCAGUGCAUAUCUAUUUAGUAAGUGUCUACAGCUAAUGCUUGGUUAAGAUAUUCGUACAGUUGAUUUACUACACGGCAAACACAUCAUUUGAGGUGUAAAGCGAUUCAUAAUCCAUUGUGUCAACAGAACCUCAACAAGGUACUUCAUCUCAAAUAACAAUAGUCAACGACAACAAAGCAUAAUGAUUUCACGUCGCGAUAAGCUUUUGAAUUUGCCUUGGACACAACAACGUUACGAACACCAUCGUGCCAAUCUCCGUUCAGCUAAACCGGCCAUCGAUAUGCGUACACCACCCAUUUACUCGCAUGUCAUACUCAAGCCGAAGAAGGUGCAAAACGAGAAGGAGCGUUUGCAACGCAUUGAAGUGGAGAAUGUGCGACUCUUGCAGAAAUUGGGUGAUAUUAUGAAGACGAAACGUAUGUCGGAUUUGUGGCUGGCACCGAGACCCAAUUUUUUAAAUCGUGAAAAGUUAUUUGAAACACGCCCUUAUUCGAGUUUACCGAAAUUGAUUACUAUCUAUGGUCCAACGUCUCCAGAACUUGAAACGAACGCACCAAGCGCUUUGAAGUCGCCGAAUUCAAAAUUGUCGCGCCGAUGUCCGACUUGUAGCGGUAGACCCGAGCGCACGCAAGUGGUCAUUCCCGAAAAGCGCAUCCCUUGGGAGCCGCCGCGUAUUUCUCGAAAUGUACAAUAUGAGAAGAGCUGUACAACUAAAAGAUGUUUACAUUGUGGCCACCCUAAGAAGGUGGUUGGAAGGAAAACGAAUUCAAUGGAGGAAGAUUGAUAAAAAGAUGGUUAGAAGAGCAAAUUAUAUUAAAAUAAGUACGAGAGAGCGGUUUGAGAGAAUGAUGAGCAAUAACUGCAUAUAAUUUUCAGAUUAUGGCCACGAAGAUACUAAAAAUCAUAAAGCUUAAACUUAUUAAAAAUAUUUGAAAUAAAAAUUUUGUUCAUAAUUCCUUAAUAAAAGAACUAAAAUUUUGUAAUAUUUUGAGUUAUGCACUUCUAUUGUCAAAAACUAAAGUACUUUUUUGCGCAUAAAACAAAUGCCAUAGAGAACUUUUGUAUGUAAUAAAUGACUUAAAGAGCGUUUAAGUGCAUAAGUAAUUGCCAACCUGCCAAGUGAUUCAU